UUUUUGUAGCUGUAUGUAGAAACGGCGCCGCUGGUUUGCAUCAGCCUUGUUUUUAUGUCCUUUGUGUUUUGUUUUUUUUUACCUUAUUUUGUUGUGGACUUUCUGCAUCCGCACUGCCAAAACUCACGUAUGCAUGCACGCAGGGCUCAGGAGGAGGAGGGGGGAGGAGGAGGAGGAUAUUCUGGCCCCGCCCCUUUGCAGACUUGACCACCGCCUGCGCGCGCAGUCGCACACGAGCCUCCUCAUCGCAUCGGCGAAGGCGCUCCGUGGACGACUAACCGGGCCGCGCGCGGUGCUGCUCCACGCGUGCCGAGCUGCAUGUGGCUGCUGCUCGCAUUUUGCAUUUUCAUGAGGACGGAACUGAGGUGCUUCUUCUAUUGUCUGCCCAACGUGCUGCUGAUUCUUCUAUGGACGCAGAUUGAGGUGCAGCGUCCGGUGCAGACAGUGUGACGUGGCCAUGCCAGCCCCGCCUCCCCCUCCCCCCCCAGGAGCCCCGCCUCCGCCCACCUUUGCACCCGCGAGCCGCGGGGAGCAGAAAGGAAGAAACGCUCUGUUGUCGGACAUUUGUAAAGGUUCCAGACUCAAGAAGGCUGUCACCAAUGACCGCAGUGGACCGAUACUGGACAGUAAGACACUCGACAAACCCAAAGGUGGAGGGAGUGCAGGAGGAGGAGGAAGUUCGGGCGGAGCGGGAGGCGGUGGAGGUUUUGGUGGCGGGGCCUCUCCUGGUUUAGGGGGCCUCUUUGCAGGAGGGAUGCCAAAACUGCGCUCUUCAGCCAACCGAGACUCCGCUGACUCCACGCCCCCCAGGGGACCGGCGUACCCGCCAAGUCGCUUUAGCGGCCCCAGCCCCUUCAGCAGCGGUGGGCACUCCGGCGGUCCUCCGAAAUUCCCAGGGGCGUCUUCUGUGGUCCGUGGCGGCGUUCUUGACAUCCCCAAGAACCGGACAAAUCUCUCGCCGAGGCAAGACACCCCUGGAGGUCCUCCGCCCGUGCCCAACACGCCGCGGCCCAACCAGAACUUCAGCCCCCGCGGGGGGCCGCCACCUCCUUCCGGGCCCAGACCCAGCCCUGCGUCCGGGCUGCCGCCCCCUAGUGUUCCCCCGGGGCGGCACGGGCCCCUCCCUCCGCCGCCGGGGGCACCGAGGCCCGGCUUCUCCACGUCGUCGCCCACGCCAUCCUCCAACAGCGGCAGACCGCCUUUGCCGCCAGCACCAGGGGGGCGGCCCGCGCUUCCUGACGACCGACCUCCUCCCCCGCCGGCGCCGGUCGGGGGUCACCGGCCGUCGAUGCCCCGUGACCUUCCCCCUCCCCCUCCCCCCGCCGGCAACUGCAAACCUCCCUCAUCUGCUUCCUCGCGCUCUUCUGGGGGAGCGCCGCCUCUCCCGCCCGGGCGACCGGGGCCUCCUCCUCUACCGCCCACGCCGGCCGUGGGGGACGACCACAGCACACCUCGGCUACCCCAAAGGAACAGCUCGCUCCACAGCAAUUCCCCACAUGCCCGCAUGGGACCCCUCCCUCCGCCGCCCAACGAGAGGCCGCCAUCCUUCGGAAGAAACCAAAGUUCACCACGCGCAGGGCCGCUUCCUCCGCCGCCCCCCGCGGGUCGCAAUGUGGGCGGCGGCAGCGUGAGGUCAUCGCCGGUGCACUCUCCGAUCGCACGGCUGGGGUCGGAUUCCCCUCGUGGCGGCCCCGGUGGCAGACCCCCUCUGCCUCCGGACAGACCCGGGGCCGGGGGCGCCCCUCCUCCGCCGCCGCCGCCCAUGGGCAACGGUUUCCUCAACUCGCACCACAACCAGACACACGAUGACUGGGCGGCUCGCUUCACUUUCCACCCGGUGUCGGACCUGCCGCCGCCUGAGCCGUACCAGCCCUUCCACAAGACCUACCCCAGCAAGAUGGGCAAGGCGGACGGCAGAGGUUCGGGUAAAAAGGAACGAGGCGCUCCCCCUCUUCCUCCUACACCCAGGUGAAGAAGAUGAAGACAAACAUGCGGAGUGGACCAAAAGGACGGACGACAAAAGUGUUAAGAGAGGGGAGGGGGGGGAAUAUGUUUUAUCCACUAAUCAGGCAAAUGUUCCAGCCUCCACUAUCACAAAAUUCCAGUUCAUGCUUGCCUAAUAUUUUAAUUAUUCCACCAUGUGUGUGAGAAGAAGUCGUUCAUUCGCACAAAACCAGUCAAUGUGUGAACGUGGCUUUAACGACGGCACACCCGCAGUCACUCAGCUUCCUCAGGGGAUCCCUUUUUGUCCUUUUUUUUUGGCUUCAAAUGUGGCGAGUAGAAUCCAGUCGUCGCGUGUUCAUAUCGUGCCUUUUCCUGUCCGCCAGGGAUGACCCCCGUGUGCCUUAAAGCAGAUAAUAUAUGACAAAUUGAGAAUAUUAUGCAGAUAAAAAAAAGUGUCGUUAAAGGUCGGCCCUGCCGUUGCUGCGUCGGAGGGAAUGCAGUGAUUUAGCCAAAGUGCGUUUACUUCCGUGUGAGUGUUCCUGAACGCUACUUUUCCUUUCCUGAUUGCACACCUUUGGUUCAAGUCUUUAAUGGCUGUUGUUGUUGUUGUUGUUGCACACGGCACUGAUUCUUCUUUUCUGCUGGUUUGUUGCGAACGAGCCACCUGUUGGACCAUGAAGGACUUGUGUGUGUGUGUGUGUGUGUGUGUGUGUGUGUGUGUGUGUGUGUGUCCAAGGAAGUGUUAGCCAGGGGUUUGUUGUUUCAACAACUGUGCAGUAUUAUGUUGUUUGUGCGUUACACAACAAUGCUUUGGUCUUUUGCAUCCAUGACGGGUUAAUUGUGCACAAAAGAGGCUCAGACUUUGUUUUACACGACAAUCAGAAGUGAAAUAAACUUAUAGUUCCACCCUG